GCCGGUUUUCAGACUUAUUCAGUUUUCCUUGUUUGAAAUGGAAAUUGACCCCUUUGUUAAAUCCCAAUGAUGUAACCAAGAAGAUGGUCUGUCUGCAGCCGUUCAAGAUGGAUGAGGAUGCCGUUGUCACGUUAACGUAUCCUGGGAUUUAAUCCCUGAAACUAAAGACUUAAACUAUAGAGAGAAGUCGGCUUUGUCUCCAAUUAAGCUUAUGUCGCAAAUAACAGAAAAUCCACGCUGCUCCAUGGAAGAAUUGGUCAUUACGAGGUGAAGGGUACCAUGUAUGCGACGCAUAACUAUGAAUUUGCUGAAAUGGCAUAUGGUGGAACCUCGGGACUAUUUUUUCAACGUGGUGAUCCUGCAAACAUUAGGAAGACCAAGGUGAAGCAAGCAUAUCAAGCUCUGCAACGUGUACAUUCGUUGUUAGCCCGCAAUGAUUUGCCAAAAUUAACCUACGCCUUGGUAAGUUAUCAUGUUUCCGAGAACAAAAAGCAUGUCGGAAUUGAUAAACGCUGGGUCAACAAUGCUUUGUUUUCCAUUAACGAUGUAAACCCCCAGUGUCAUGAACCACGUACUUUGCACUUUGCCCCUGACCACGAAUCCCCGACUAUUGGAAUGUUCUGGAAUCUCAUGCUGAGAUUCAACAACACCAGUGUCCAGAAACUUCCAAGACUAUCCACGCAAUGA